CAUGUGGUAACAAUGGAUCCCAUGGAGCCCCCCGUGCACAUUUUCCGUGAGGAGCCACCCUCCACCUGCUCUCCAGGCCCUUGCCUCCUCCCCAGCAGCAGCAGCUGGUUCUUGGGCUGGACUGAAUAUGGCAACAAUGCCACUGGUGGCUUUGAAGACUUGCAGCAGAACCACACGAACAUUUCCCCAGCUAUCCCCAUUAUCAUCACUGCUGUCUACUCUGUGGUCUUUGUGGUUGGCUUGGUGGGCAACUCUCUGGUUAUGUUUGUCAUCAUCAGGUAUACAAAGAUGAAGACAGCAACGAACAUUUAUAUUUUCAAUCUGGCUAUGGCAGAUGCUUUAGUUACUACGACUAUGCCUUUUCAAAGCACUGAAUACUUGAUGAACUCUUGGCCAUUUGGGGAUGUGCUGUGUAAAAUAGUUAUUUCAAUUGACUAUUAUAACAUGUUUACCAGCAUAUUCACAUUGACCAUGAUGAGUGUUGAUCGAUACAUUGCUGUGUGUCACCCUGUGAAAGCCCUGGACUUCCGAACUCCUCUCAAGGCAAAGAUAAUCAAUAUCUGUAUCUGGCUAUUGUCCUCAUCUGUUGGUAUAUCUGCCAUAGUCCUUGGAGGCACCAAAGUCAGAGAAGAUACUGCUAGUACUGAAUGUUCUUUGCAGUUUCCAGACACUGAUUAUGUGUGGUGGGACAUCUUCAUGAAAAUCUGCGUCUUUGUCUUUGCAUUUGUUAUUCCAGUUCUCAUUAUCAUUGUUUGCUAUACCCUGAUGAUCCUGCGCUUGAAGAGCGUACGACUUCUCUCAGGGUCUCGAGAAAAAGACCGAAACCUUCGUCGGAUCACCAGAUUGGUUCUUGUAGUUGUGGCAGUUUUCAUUAUCUGUUGGACUCCCAUUCACAUUUUUGUACUGAUUGAGGCACUAGGGGAUGUGCCCCAUAGCACUGCAGCAAUCUCCAGCUAUUAUUUCUGUAUUGCUUUGGGUUACACCAACAGCAGCCUAAAUCCUAUCCUGUAUGCUUUUUUGGAUGAAAACUUCAAGCGCUGUUUCAAGGACUUCUGCUUUCCCUUUAAGAUGAGGAUGGACAGGCAGAGCACCAGCAGAGUCAGAAACACAGUCCAAGACCCUGCUUACCUGAGGGAAGUGGAUGGGACAAACAAACCAGUAUGA